AUGCACUCCAAGGGGGGAAGCAUCGCCCUGAGCACUGUGGGGGCCAGUGGGCCUCUAGGAGGGAGGAAGCUGGGUGUGCUGCAGCAGCAGGGGGGAACUGCGACGGCUUCGGAGCUGCUCACGCUGCCCGCCAUCGGUGUGACCUGCUGCAGCAGCAGUUGCAGUAGCAGCAGCAGCCCAUCUGGGGCAGAUGAGCCUGCAGAGAACUGGGCCUCCACAGGCGGACUCAUAGAGAGCCCCGCCUCCGCACGGCAUCGUGCUUGCUACUGUUGUCUGGACCCCUGCGCAAACCGGUAUGAGGCGAGCGCAAACAACCGCUGUAACAGCAGCUGUAACACGUGCUGUAGCCCCAUUUGUAGUUGCAGGGGAGACUUCAAAUGGUGGGGAGUUGAACAAGGCGGCAGCAGUAGCUGCUGCUGUUGCAACUUAGCCAAGGACAUGGACUGCAGCACAGUCUGCAGUACCUCUAGCAGGCCAGAAGAACGGCAGCCUUCUCUUGCCUACACUUCCACCGAGGCGGUUAAGAGCAGUAACAACAGCAACAACGGCGACAACUGCAAGAGCAACUGCACCAACAGUUGUAAAGGAAGCAGCCCCAGCCGCGGGGAGUACAAGUGGCGCGGUCGUAUGAAUCUUUUCCUCAGAAGGGCUGUUCUGGGAGACUUCACCAAGAGCUCAAACGGCAGCAACAACGGCCGUUGCUGUAGUGCUGCCGACCCACAUACGCCUGAAUCCACUUCCCAGGAGCAGCGCCAAGACCGGACACCGAGAUGUCUGCUUGUGGGGGCCGCAGACCCGAACCCCAGGACCCAGGAGGCAGAGCCUAAAGGGGCCCCCUUGAGCGGGGCACCUCUGGGGGCCCUCGGCCGCAGCUGGCAGGAUGCGCGAGGGCCAAAGGGGUUGCGUGCUGAAACCAGAUUUGACAGUCCACAAGAGGCACCGGAUUCUGAGAUUGGAAAGGCUGCUGCAACCAAUUCUCAGCAGCAGCCGCUGCUUCUGCUGGCGUCGGUAAAAGAGGUCCGUAGCAGCACUCCGAUGACAUACAACACCAACAGCCACGGCGACUGCUCGGGCAUCGAUCAACUCGUCAGGCAGCCCCUUCAGCAACUCCCCGUGGCCUACAGCAGCAGCAACAGUCCAGCCGCAGCAGAGCCGGCUUCAUCAGAAGCUACAUCGGCAGUUGCAGAACCGUUGUCGCCAGCAGCUGCAGCGACACCAACAGCUGCAGUAACAACGCCGACAGCAGCGCCCACGACACCUGCAGCAGCAGCAACACCAACCACAGCAGCAACAACGCCAACGGCAGCAGCUGCAACACCAACGGCAGCACCGGUGACCCAUACAGAAGGGGCAACAGAAACAACUGCAACGUCAAUAGCAGGAGCAACACCAAUAGCAGCAAACGCAGCGUCCCCCGCAGCAGCAACAACACCAACAACAGCAGCAACCCCGACAAACGCAACAGCAAAAAUACUAGCAACACCAUCAGCACACACCCCAACAGAAGUAGCAGCAACUCGUCCUAGUGAGGCAUCGUUUUCGAGCCCAAGCGGGGGCUCCUCUUCUGCAGUGUGCGAACAAAGUGCCCCGUCGUGUGAGCCUCGCUUUUGUUAUUGUCUCGAGCAUCUUCUGGCAGGUCUCUGUUGGGGGCCUCCCUGCCUGUGUGGGGCCCUUCAGGACUCUGUCCGCUGGGGCUUUGGGGGCACCUGCACGGUUGACAACCACCUCGUGAACCCGCAGCAGGAGCUCGAGCUGCUGUUGCAGCGAGCAGCGGCCACGGCGCCUUCGGGAGGGGAGGGCCCGACACAAGUGGCCCCGCAGAAGAAGAUUGCCGGCGACCGCUACGGGGCCCUUCGUGCUGCUCAGAGAUCGGGAGAGGCGGGCCUCUGGUCUCCUACUGGAGACUCCUUGCUGCCAAUGCCAACCAUCCUGUCAUCCGCUGGAGGGGACAGUUCCGCAUGUACCUCAUUGGGCCGAUUGGUACCUGGAAACGGCUCUGCCUUGUCCUCUGGUGAUGCCGUCUGCGCGCCUCCCCUCCCUGAGUCGUGCUCUCCAAUAAGUGAUUGGGGGAGUCCCGCACAGCAGUGGGCGGUCCCCCAGAGGACCGAAUGCGACGGCACGGAUACUAGCAGCUGCAGCAGCGAAGUGAGGCCAUGGAAUCCCACACUGGUGAAGAAGCGCGGGUACGGAAUGGGGAACUUUUCCAGCGAGGAGAAGGAAGAAGGCCGAUCAUGCCUUGGGCUGUUUGCACCUCUGUUAGGGUUUGAGGGGCCCCCAAAGGGGUCCUCUCAAAACGUGAGUCGCUACCCACGGACGGCUUUGUGUGCGGACGCGUUUGUAUGCUCUGGGGUACAGUGGCUUGCGUCCUCUGAAGAUGAGGCGGGGGAGAGCGGAGCGGAGGGUGGCGGUGGGAGGCCGCUCCUUCCUUUGCCAAGCUGCAGCGCUCGUUUCUGCGGUGGCAAGGCACUGGAGACCGGAAAGCCGUACACUCGGGAUGGGAGACGUAAACGAGACGGAGGAGUACGGGACAGAAACAAAUUGGCAGAAGGAUUCCGAAGCGCCAGAGACUGCGGGAACAGCUUGCUCUAUUCUUCCAGUAAAAGGACCACUGGAACCCCCUUUUGCCUAAGGCCCAACGCACACCAACCCCUCUCCUCGACCGCAGGCGGACCUGUAACAGGGCAAGGAGCCACCUGGGCAGAUAUCCGAGAAGCAGACCGGACUGGGAAGUUCACUGGGGGCCCUGAGGGCACGCCGGGCUGCGCCGGCAGUCGCUGGAGAGACGGAGGGAGAGAAGAAACAAGAGAUGCGGUUUGCAGCAGCGGAAACGGUGGUCAUCAGACAGUGAUGGAAAUCGCUGCUGUACCCGUGAGGACCAGAAAAGGAUUUAGGAAGCCCCUUCCUCUGCCACCUGAGAUGCUGGCAGCCAUUGCUGCCGCGGGGCCUCGUCGACCCGUGGAACCCGUGCUGCAAUACGAUGGAGAAAGCAGAGAAUGGAGAGUCUUCUGGAUGGAAGAGCCACAAGCGAGAUAUAAGGUGUUCCAGUCCAAAAAGUUCGGGAAAGAGAGGGCCCAGCAACUUGCCCUGGAGUGGCUGCACCGGGCUAAGGCAGGGGCCAUUCACGGGUCCGGGAGGGGCCCCCGGGUUGGGGGCCCAUCAGCAUAUAGGUUCAAGCGAGGGAGACACGAAGGGCCCCCUCUAGCCACUGAAUACAAGCACAGCAGCCCCGAGACCCUCCAACUCUCAACCCCCCACUCCGCACUAGAGCUGUCCCCUGAGGCGUCUCCUGCGCUCACACCCUUCCCUACAGCCAUCCCCGCGAUCUAA